CCCAUGUAACUGCGCAUGCUCAGAAAGGGGACGCGAGUCCAAGAGGCCAAACGCGGCACAGACAAAACCGUAGGCCACUUUACGGAUAGGUUUACUGCAGAGAUGGCCUUGUUUCAGGAAACGACCGGCCCCCGCUGUAGUUCCUCCACUCAAACACCAGGUGGAGCGUCUGGCCGGGUGCCACCACAGAGCUGGCAGGCGGCGCUGUGGCGCUUGGGCCGACCUUCAACGUUGCAUUCACUCUAUCCGUGGCGGCACGACUCGUUGGCUCGAGCCACGCAUGCGCCGAGCCUUCUUGUCCGUAUGCCCGCCCCCCCCGCCCCUCUCCGUCUUCUCUUCCCAGGGAGCAGCUCUCCUGCCACAGCCCCUCACCCCCUGAAAAUGUAUACCUGCUCCAGAUUUGUCUCCACCCCCUCCUUGGUCCGGAGCACCACCCGGCUGCUGAGCCGGCCACUGUCUGCAGUAGUGCUGAAGAGACCAAAGACACAGACAGAUGAGAGCCUCAGCAACUUUGCAGUCUCUCGUCCUCUGACCUCACUUGUCCCUAGCCGCAGCUUCCAAACCAGCAUCAUUUCAAGGGACAUCGACACAGCAGCCAAAUUCAUUGGGGCUGGGGCUGCCACAGUUGGAGUAGCUGGCUCUGGGGCUGGGAUUGGGACUGUGUUUGGCAGCCUCAUCAUUGGUUAUGCCAGGAACCCUUCUCUGAAGCAGCAGCUCUUCUCCUACGCCAUUCUGGGCUUUGCCCUCUCAGAGGCCAUGGGGCUCUUCUGCCUGAUGGUGGCCUUUCUCAUCCUCUUCGCCAUGUGAAGGAGCCGUCUCCACCUCACAUAGUUCUUUCUCCCGUGUCUUGUGCCCUAUAUGUUCCUUCCCAUAUACUUCCCCAGGCUGCCCGGGGAAAGUGACUGGCUCAGGGUUUGACAGAGGGAAGAUAAAUAAACACUGUAUUAAUAAGGUG